AACAACGCCUUUACAAUUUAGUUAUAGAAAGGGUGGCUGUACAGGUUUAGCUAGGAUUGUAGUACUUCGUGUGAGAUGUACGAUUCAACAUGAAACAGUUUAUAAUAUCAGUAAUUUGGGUUUUGCCAUAUUUUGGCGCAUGUUUAGACGACAAGCAGAGAUUUUAUCAAAGCGAUUAUGAGACAUCUGGAGCCCUAUGUGUUGAUGUAAAAAAACAGUUGAAUCUGUAUUCGUCACCGGAGAUGGCUUUAGCUUUACUUUCGGCUCCGGCAGAUCCAAUUCUAGCCUCUUCUCAACACAUUCUCAGCAUCUUCUCUGAGAACCACAAAUGGCGUCCGAAACGUGCGUUUAUGCAGGCUAUACAAGAGAGUUCACAUCUUUGGAGUGGUCAGUUUGAUUCAGUCGAAAUGUCCUCUAACAACAAUAGCCAAUGUAAAGUAGAUUUGGCGUACACUUAUGAACAUUUUACGAAUGUUGAUGGAUGGGCCCUAGAAAUGAUAGAUUCUUAUGGAAAACCACCCAGUUCUAUAUUUCGUGGUGCUACAAUAUGGCCUGGAAACUAUCGUCAAUGUUUGGAAAUUACUGCACCUGUAGGAAAACUAUCUCAGAUGAAGAAAAAAAUAGACCAGCCAGAUUCAGACCAACUAUUGCCAGGAGGUUUUAAUGGUCGGUACUGCAUGUCAAGAUGGAAAUUAAAUCUUGAAAAAAAUAAAACUAAUUGACGUAUCGAUAGGAGUCUGUAUUCCGAGUUCUUGUACAGCAGAAGAAUUUCUCAAGUUUUUAGAAGAUAACAGUUCAUUUAUCGCGCCGCCUAUUGUGGGAAGUUUAACUCCUGUGUCAAUAAAAUGCAAAUCAGACGAAAUUCCCUGGGAAGCUAAAGAUAUUGUUGUAUUGUUUUUGUAUUGUUUGUUUGGAGUUUUUCUUGUGGCGGGUACAUUAUUUGACAUCAUCAAGAAGUGGAAAUCAAGUGACUUGUCACUUGUCACCCAGUCAUGUGCUCAGCAAGGGCCAACUACAAAGGAUCAGGAAGACUUGCCAAGAGUAGACAAAUCAGCUACUCAUGACGGAGAAUCUAAUUCCGAGCCAAAGAAUGUGGACAAUUUAACAUACGGGACCAAUGAAACCAAACCAUCCAAUCUGCUAAUAGAUUUAAAUAAGUCAUCGUGGAUGGAAGGUAACCAAGCCAAGUUUCUAAUGUGCUUCUCUGUCUAUACAAACGGGGCCAGAAUUCUCGACACCACUCCAGGCAAGGGCCAGUUAAAUUGUCUUCAUGGAAUUCGGUUCUUAACAAUGUCUUGGGUUAUCCUUGGCCACACUUACAGAUUUUCAAUGCAAGUUGUUGGAAACGCACUAGAAGCGGCUAAGGACAAGGACUCAUUCGCCUUUACAGCUGUGUCGAACUUCUCAUUUUCUGUGGAUUCGUUUUUCCUUUUAAGUGGAUUACUGCUGGCCUAUUUAUUCUUCAAAGAUUCGGUUGGAAAUAGGAAAAGUGUUUCAUACUGGGUACAUUUUUACAUACACCGGAUUUGGAGGUUAACGCCAGUUUAUAUGAUGGUCUUAGCGUUCGAUGCAGUUCUCUGGAAACACCUGAGUUCGGGACCCUUUUGGUCAGAGGAUGGAUAUGAUGGAGAGAAGUGUAAAAACAACUGGUGGUACAACUUGUUGUAUAUUAACAACUUCAAUAAACAGGGAGAACAGUGUCUAGGUCCAACCUGGUACCUGGCAAACGACAUGCAAAUGUAUCUGGUUUCUCCCAUAUUCCUUGUCUCCAUUUUCUAUCAGCCAGUUUUAGGGGUCAUUCUUACCUGUGCGGCGAUUCUGAGCUCUAGUACAAUAACGGGAGUAUUGUCCAUCAAACACGGAUUCGUCGCUUCACCACCACGUGGAGGGGAGUCUGGACCCAAUGAGAAGUUACAGUUAGCAGCUCUUGCAGAAGCCUACUUCAAUACAAUCUACCAAACACCCUGGUGUCGGAUUGGUGCUUAUCUAGUCGGCAUUUUACUCGGAUACGUACUGUACAGAUUAGGACAGAAGAAAAAUUUCCUUAACAAGUGGCUGGUUCUUCUCGGCUGGUUGCUAGCUACAGGAAUAUGUAUGAGUAUUCUAUACGGUAUGUACCAUGCUAAUCCAGGGGUCAAAGUCAGUGCCUUUUACUUCUCAGUGUCACGUACCAUGUGGGCAGUUGGUUUAGCAUGGUUGAUUUUUGCCUGUGUGACAGGUCAUGGAGGUUUUAUCAACACUAUAUUGUCCUGGGGAUUUUGGAUUCCUCUAAGUCGCCUGUCUUAUUGUGCUUAUUUGAUACACCCAUUGAUAAUGUUUUGGUACUUUCAAAGCAGAAAUUCACUCCUCCAUUUUUCACACCAAACAUUGGUUUCCUGUUUCACUGCUUUCCUUGUCUGGUCUUAUGGCAUUGCGUUAAUGGUUUCUUUGGCAUUCGAGGUCCCGAUGAUGGGUUUAGAAAAGCUGAUACUAAAACGUGGCUCUCGCCAAACACGGUGAGAACUUCAGAUGAAUGACAUACCUUUUCACCAACUUAACUGUAUGUUCGAACAACACCGGAAAGAGCUGUGAUCACCAAAAGGGUUAACUGUUCUUGCUGCAAAUCACAUAAAAUAUCCUCAGUAACAAUUAUCAGUUAUAAAAUAUAUAUAAUUAAAGUAAAUUGAUUUGUAAUUUGCAUGAUAUGUCAAAUUAAUGUAAUUAGAAAUAAAUGAAUGAUACAUAAA